AUGUCACUUCUUAACAAAGGAUCUCGUAUCGUGACCCAGUCGCUCCGUACUGGUGCUCGCCACAUGUCCGGCGCGACCGAGCAGGAAGCCAAAGAGCAAAUGCACCGAUGGACUACCAUUUCCAAGGUCAUGAUUGGUUUUACGGCUGUAUACACGGUAUACGCCAUCGGUGAUCACUUGAGACACGAGCAUCACGACGAAGACAAGCCGGAAUAUCCGUAUCUCAAGAUGCGCACGAAACCCUUUCCAUGGCCUGAAUCAAACUGCGACUUUCUGGACCGGGAGUGCCGAGCCAAAGCCCGUGAGGCUAAAAAGGCUCUUAACUAA